AUGGGUGUUAAAGGUCUCUGGUCCCUCUUGAACCCGGUCGCUCGGCCUGUCCAGCUGGAGAGCAUGGAAGGCAAGCGACUAGCCAUCGAUAGCUCCAUUUGGCUGUAUCAGUUCCAGGCGACUAUGAGAGAUAAGGAUGGAAGGGUGCUGGUUAAUGCUCAUGUACUGGCAGGGUUCUUGAGAAGGAUCAACAAGCUGCUAUUCCAUGGGAUCAAGCCUGUCUUUGUAUUCGACGGCGGUGCGCCUGUACUGAAGCGAGCUACUAUCGCCGAGCGAAAGCGGAAGAGACAAGGAGCAGUUGUCAACCACGCUCGGACGGCCGAGAAGCUGUUUGCUGCCCAGAUGCGCCGGGAAGCCGUCAAGGCUGCUCAAGCUCAACGUGAACAGGCUGCAGCUCGUCAAGCUGCCGCAAUGUCCGAGACGGCCACUCGGUACGACGAUGACGAAGGCGACCAGAUCGCUGCGGACGCUACAUAUCUGGACGACCUGGAGAAUGCCCAUGCUGGGCCCUCGCGUCCUCGUCCCACUCCAGCUCGUGGGUCCGCCUCGGACAUCGUCGCGGCCGUCAACGACGAACCCCUCGACCCGGCGGAAGAACGGCGCAAAAAGUUCAGAAAGCACGACCCUUACCGUCUCCCCGAAGCCUCUAUGCCCACCGUCUCGACAGACGAAAAGCCCGACGCGCGUCUCGCGACCGAAGAGGAGCUCAAACAAUUCAUUGACGACAUGAAGCCCUCUGAUAUCGAUAUCGAAUCGGCGGAAUUCCGCGCCCUGCCCACCGAGGUCCAAUAUGAAAUCAUCGGCGAUUUGCGUAUCCGGUCCCGCCAGCAAAGUCACCAGCGCCUCGCUAGUAUGCUGCGCGGCGCGCCGACCGCACUGGACUUUUCGAUGCAGCAGAUCAAGCAUCUGAGCGAGCGGAAUACCCUCACGCAGCAGUUGUUGACGGUGACGGAUAUGGUGGGGAAGGCGCACCUUACGAUUCCCGUCCGGAUUGCCGCGGAGAGGAACAGGGAGUAUGUGUUGUUGAAGAGAGGAGAGGAUGUGGGUGGGGGAUGGGCGCUAGGGAUAAGGGAGGGGACCAAGCAGAAGCCGAUAGAGGUGCCGGAGGAGAAGGAGGAGGAGAGUAGUAGUGAUGAUGGCAGUGAAGGCAGUGAUGAGGUCGUAGAAGUCGCAAAACCCGCUGUCGACCCUGACCUGGCAGAACAUCGCCGCCGACAGAUCCUCGACGCCAUAACCUCGCGGUAUGCCUCUGCGCGCGCAUCACCCCGCAAAUCUCUCGACGUUCCCGUUACUCCCUUUGGCGCCUCUCACGCACCCUCCCAGCCGCAGCUCUUCGACGAUCCCGACAUGUUUGCAGAUAUGGAGGAUGACUCCACCGCUAUCGUCCCCACGGCGAAUGACGAGGCGUUGGCUCUGGCGCUACAGCAGGAAGAGCUAGGAUCGGAUGAGGAAGAGGCGGAUCCGGAGCUGGCAAGGGCGCUAGCGAUGAGUCGGAGAGAAAAGGAGGAGGCUGAUAGUGUGGGAUAUACGGGAUCGGCCGGCAUUGGCGGAGGGAGCGUGAAUGGGAAUGAGGACGAUGGAAUGUCGGAUGACAGUAUGGAGGAGGUGGAGCUGGUUCCCUCUGAGCAGAGCACACCUGCUUUGGAGGAGCCGCCAUUCCUGGAGGAUAGCGAGGAUGACUUUGAGGAGGUGCCCGCGCCUGCGCCGCAACCUCCGACCCGGACAAACGCCACCGCCGGGCCAUCCAAAGCACGGGAUAUCGAGGUCGUUGCUCCCCCAUCUACCUUACCCCUUCCUAUCCCCCGCGUCAACAAAUCACCCAUCACCGUCCUCGACGACGAAGAUGAUGACGCUCCUGUCUUUGCAGGCAUGCAGCCCGCGCCAUCUCGCUCCUCUCGCCACCCAUCCGCUCCAGCUCGACCGGCCGAUGAUUCCGGCUCGAGCGACAUUCCCCCUGUUGACGAAUUCAUACAACGCUCUCGGGAGGGUGGACCCCCAUUGCCUUCUCGGUCCUCCUCGCUUCUGAAUCGCCCUAGUGUCCCUUCGCCGCUCAGCCGAUCUCCGUCUUUCGUGCCGCCCGUGCGUACGCCGUCGGGGAGUGUCAUACCUGACCGCUUGCCCCGAGCGGGGCCGUCUCCGCCUCCGCCGCCUAUGCACCUGGGGCUGGUCGCGCCGGAGCCGGAGAGGUUGAUUGAUGAGGCCUUAGCUGGGGCGACAGGGGCAUGGCGGACUGGAAGCAACACCCCGCCUGCUCCUGAGCCUGACGAUGAGGAGAUGGAUGGGGACGAUGAGGAAGCCGACGAGGAUAGGAGACAUCGACGGCGCGGGGACGAUGACGAUGGAGAGGAGGACCCAGACGAGUCGGGCUCGAUAGCCUGGUCCCGCUCUCCCACACCUACCAAGCACCCCCGACCGCGCGCACGUCCACCCCUCCAAGCCGGCGCGUCGACCGAUACCAUCCCGUCCGAAGUAGAAGAGGAGGACGUGGAUAUGAAUGCGGAGGAUAUGGUCGAGGAGCAAGACGACUAUGCGCGGUUCCUUGCGCAAAUCAAGAAUCGGGAUUUGAAUGAGGUGCGCACGGAGAUUGAUGAUGAGAUCAGAGUACUGCAUGGGCAGAACAAGGUGGCGCAGAGGGAUAGCGAUGAGAUUACCAUGCCUAUGAUUGCUCAGAUCCAGACGUUAUUGAGACACUUUGGAAUCCCAUACAUCACCGCUCCGAUGGAAGCCGAGGCGCAAUGCGCCAAACUCGCCGAACUCGGUUUGGUCGACGGGAUCAUCACGGACGAUUCCGACGUUUUUCUGUUUGGCGGGACCCAGUGCUUCAAAAACAUCUUCAACGACAACAAGUACGCCGAAUGUUUCCUCGCGACGGAUAUCAAUCGGGAACUGUCGCUCUCGCGCGAAAGACUCAUCUCGCUCGCGUACCUCCUGGGAAGCGAUUACACGAUUGGGCUGCCCGGUGUGGGGCCGGUGGUGGCGCUGGAAUUGCUUGCGAAUUUUCCGGGCGAGCGGGGGAUUGAGGAGUUUAAGGAGUGGUGGGCGAAAGUGCAGAAGGGGCAGGAUGGGGCCGAGACGGAUAAUAAGUGGAAAGCUAGCUUUAAGAAGAGGUAUACGGGUGGGAUCUUCAUCACUGCUGAUUGGCCGAAUCCGCUCGUUCGAGAGGCGUAUAGGUAUCCGGUGACGGAUGAAUCGGAAGAGGCGUUUCAUUGGGGCUUCCCAAAGCUAUCAGCAUUGCGAUCCUUCUUACACGAAGAGCUCUCGUGGUCAAUCUCCAAAGUCGACGACGAGCUCACACCUAUCGUUCAGCGUAUAGCUCGCCGGGGCAAGGCCGGCUCACUCAACAAACAAUCCACCCUCGACCCAUUCUUUGACCUCUCUGCUGGCGCACUGGCCAACUACGCCCCACGAAGACGCACCACCGCGAACGUCAGCAAGCGUCUGCUUUCGGUCAUCAAGCAGUUCCGGGAAGCGGAGGCCAAGGCUUCUGGGACGGGCGAGGUGGUCGAGUGGGGAGCGAUGAUGCAGGGGUUGGACGAAGAGGAUCCGAAAGGAAGAGGAACGGGCAAGAAGCGGAGUAUCAAGGCGAGUGAGCUCGGGGAUGGGGAUGGGGAUGGGGACGAUGAUUCCCUUUUGGAGGCGGAUGUGGGUGAGAAGAAGCGGGAAGUCAAAAAGCGGAAGCCGAGGCGCAAGAAGGGGGAGGUGGCUUCGACAGAAGCAGGGACGGAGGAUGGUAUGACUGAAUUGGGGAGCCCGGCCCCGGCGCCGGCCCCGCCCCCCGCCAAGAAGGCUCGGAAGCCCAGAGCAAAGAAGGCGGCCGCGGCUGCUCCGUCGGUCGUGCCGGAUGAUGUGACGGAAGAUGGGGAGGGGGAGGGGGAGGGGGAGGGGUCGGUAUUCGGGGAGCAGGAAGAAGUGACGGAUAUCUCGCAGGUGCCGGCGGAUCAGCGGAGGAAGUGGAAGAGGGCCCAGCAGAAGACGUGGCGUAGGGCUGCUGUAGCGAAUAGUCUCAAGCCGAACUAG